GUGCCCCCAGUGGGUUGCUUCCCCUCGCAUGGCGAUAUGGAGCUGCCUGCUGCUGGGGCUUUUCUUGGCUUCCCGAGGGGACGAGCAGGACCAGCUCCAGUGCAUCAGCCUGGAUCAAUAUCCCGGCAACUGCCCGCCGAACCUCAUGACAGGGGCCUGCUACAGCUCCCGAGAAGGGGUGACCUGGGCUUGUCUGCCCGACGGCCUCUCGGGGGCCCCCAACUGCGGUGGCAUGGCGCUGCCUGCGGAUGAGGAGGGCUUCUACAAUGGGUACUGCAGCUUCUAUGAGAAGCCCACCACGACCAGCACGACCACCACCACCACGCCCUGUCCAGCCAGAAGGCUGCGCAUCAUCAACCGCUGCAUGGAGGAGCCCAUUUGGAUUGCCCAUGAGGCGGCUCGGGGGCUCAUCGGGCCAAGCCCGCAGAACCAGCUGAUCCUCCCAGACUCUUACUUCGACUACUGCACCCCAGACAAGCUCACAGGCACGCGUUACUGGCCAAAGAUGCUGUGUAACGAUCAGGGCGUGAACUGUUUGCUGGGCAGCAGUGGCGGCCCUGGUGAGGGAUGCAGCAGCGGCGGGCAAUACGACCGCUGUGCGCCGCCCCUGGACACCAAGUUCGAGGCCACCUUCGGGCGCCGAGGCGCGCCCUGUAGUGGGCUGUCGUCGGUGGACUGCGACUUCAUCGAUGUCAGCCUCGUGGAUGGCUGGACGCUGCCCUUCCGGCUCACCAUCCACGGCAAGUGCAGCGGUCCAAACGACCUCCAUCCCACCGAGAUCGAUUGCUCAGGCCUCACCCUGGACGAGUGCCCGACCAGGGAGUUCAUGGGAAAGACCUUUUACGACCUGCAGGCGCACUACCGGGGCUACGGCAGCGUGGCCGGGUGCUACAGCCCCUGCCUGAAGCUCACGGAUCCCAAGUGGAACAACUCCGCAACAGGCACCCGCGAGGGCGAGGCGGCGCCCUUCUGCUGCCCCACGCCCCCCAUCUCCCCCCAGCAGUGCCGGGAGGGCCCCGUCGCCCAGACGGACUACGUGAAGGCAGUGCAUCGCUACUGCCCAGGGGUGUACGCGUACUGCUACGAUGACGCCAUGGGGCUGCUGCAAUGCUCUGCCGACUCCUCCUACGAGCUGGAGUUCUUUUGCCCCUCCACGAUGCCAUCCUGGAACUACGUCUGGGUCACCACCACAAAGACCAGUAGCAGUCGCACCUGGACCUCGGUCACCCGAACCACGACUUCGGUAACCUCGGUCACCGCCACCACCACCAGCAAGACGGUGAGUACCUUCACCAAGACUUCAUCCACUGGCACCGCGACGCAAACGACGAGCACCCGCACCACUAUGACCGCCACAACCACAACCAACAACGAGACCACCGCAACUGGCAUGGCUGAAGGGCAAUCACGAGUGGCAGAGGCCUUCUACACAGAAGCCGGCGCUGCCUUCGCCGCCGUGAUGGUGUUGGCUGCAUGCUGCUGCGUGUGCCGCCGCAGUACAAGCGCAAUGGACGACAGGAGUCCAACCUCCCAGCAGUUGUUGCCCAUGGAGUAGUGAGGAGCUUCGUGCGCUGAGCGGGGGCCAGGCUCGCGUGCUGAUUUUCCCCAGCGCGCGAAGGGUGAAGGGCCCGCUGAUUUGCCUCAUCUGGCAACGGUCUGUUUGCUGAGCAUGGAAGUGGACGGACCGUCUACCAGGGUCCCGUUGAUUUCCGUUCUGGGAUGCACGGUGCCUGUCAUCCUCUCUUCUGGGCUUGGAGGCCUCCCCUAUGCGAUUUGCCUCCUAAAGCCCAUGACUGAGUGCAUGUUUGAAGGCACCGAUCCAUGCACAUUCAUUCAAGUUUGGGUUUUUCCUGGCCAUUUGAGCUCGGCUCAGCUAUUGGAAUAGGAUUCGGAGGAGUUGACGAGACUCCGCCGGGUCAGCAGAAAGCCACUCUGCACGGUUCUGCCAGGGUCAAGCGCAGAGUGUCAGUUGGGGCUGCGAGGGGUUGCCUUUGCC